AAAACAAUAGUUCGCUGCUCUCCCCCACUCUCUCUCUCUCUCUCUCACUUCCGCCUUCCUGAGAAAAAGUGAAAAUCCUCAAAACCCAAAUCGCCCCGGAAUCACCCAAAGAAUCAUCAUCUCUAGAGGUCUCGGUCACAGCGAGUUUGCUAGCGGCAAAGGUCUGAUAAUGGAGUGCAGCGGCUCCAAGGGAGAAGAUGGGUUGGGGGACUACAACAGCAGCAACAUCAAGAGGGCGCGACUGCGCUCCGCCCUCUCCGCUCUCCUCCAGGACCCCAUCCUCGCCGACGUCCCCAAGAACCCCGCUUUGUCCGACGUCGACACCCUCAUCAGCCUCGAACUGGGCAGCGCCAUGCGGGUCUCCGUCCUCAAAUUAGACGGCACCAGCUUCGAUGUUGCGGUUAUGAAUUCGGCCACGGUGAAGGAAUUGAAGCUGGCUGUGAAGAGAAAAGUGAGCGAUGCGGAGCAAUCCAAGAUGGGUCAUCGUCAAAUUUCGUGGAAGCACGUGUGGGCGAACUUUUGCCUAUCAUACCAUAAUCAGAAACUGCUUGAUGAUGAUUCCAAGCUUCAGGAUUUUGGCAUCCGAAACAAUUCUCAGGUGCAUUUUAUCCCCUCUGUCAUGUCAAAGAAUGCCGGAAGACAUUCUAAGAGAAAGAAGCACCGCUUCUUCCAUGGCCUGAGCAAGCGUGCUUAAGACAACCCAUGUAAUUUGUUUUUCUGGUGCUGCUGUAUCAUCAGAGAACACAUCCUCUGUAUACCAAUUAUUUUUCUGAUAUUCCUUAUAUUUUCCUUGCAACUA